AAAUUGUAUAUAAAUAGUGUUCAUGCUCGGACAUUGAAAAAACUGUGGGUCAUUUAGUCAUAGAUCUCUCUCUGUCUUCCUCUUCUCUCCUUUAGGCUCCUCAACUAAACGUCUUUAAUGCUAUCAUCUCUCUCUUCUUGAAAUUUUACCAUCCGAUUUUUCAAAACAUUUUUUAUCUUCCUUCUUCGACUUCUAUAUAUUGAGAGAUCAAUAUAUAAAGUCUUCCAACCACCUAGCUACCAGCCUAGAGCAGGAACAUUAAUGGUAGUGCACACCAUCUCAUGCUUCACAUACCCUAAAGCUCUUCACUCCCUCUCAAGUUUAUGAGAGAGAGAUCUAAUGAGCAAAUCCAUUGUAUGGAAACAAAUAAAAACACAGUCUGUCUUUCAUAAUUGCUCUCUUUCUAUAAAUCUUAUCUCUCUUGUGUGUUCUUUACAUCUCGUCUUAAACCAUUCUCUUUCUCUCUUUAAAAACUUCAUCACUCUUUACGGCAUUUUUUCAUAAUUUUCACCACCUGGGCCGUCUCUAUUUCCGUCAACUUCUCAACUUUUGUGCCAUAACGUCACAUUUUGUUUUGUUGUUUCUCUGAGGGAAAAGACAUUUUCCCGGAAAAUCAUGGAUAUAUCCACUGCUCUCAUGAUUCUUUCAGCCAUCACGGCGUAUCUCCUAUGGCUCACAUUCAUAUCUCGUUGUCUUAAAGGUCCACGUGUUUGGCCUAUAUUGGGUAGUCUCCCUGGUCUUAUAGAGAACUGUGAGCGAAUGCACGACUGGAUCUCCGACAACCUCCGUGCUUGCUCCGGUACGUAUCAGACAUGCAUCUGCGCCAUCCCGUUUCUAGCUAAGAAACAAGGUCUCGUGACGGUCACUUGCGAUCCACGAAACCUCGAGCAUAUUCUCAAGAAUCGCUUUGAUAAUUACCCUAAAGGUCCUACGUGGCAAGCCGUUUUCCACGAUCUUCUCGGUCAAGGAAUCUUUAACUCCGACGGCGACACGUGGCUUUUUCAGCGUAAGACCGCCGCUUUGGAGUUCACCACGAGGACUCUCCGCCAAGCCAUGGCUCGUUGGGUUAACCGGGCGAUCAAGCUUAGGUUUUUACCUAUCCUCGAAACGGCUCGACUCGGCUCUGAGCCGAUUGAUCUUCAAGAUUUGCUUCUUCGGCUUACGUUUGAUAAUAUAUGCGGCUUGACUUUCGGGAAAGACCCGCGGACUUGUGCACCGGGUCUUCCCGUGAACGCAUUCGCCGUGGCUUUCGAUCGAGCCACCGAGGCUUCCCUACAACGGUUUAUACUGCCGGAGAUUUUGUGGAAGUUUAAGAGAUGGCUCCGCCUCGGGUUAGAAGUCAGUUUGACCCGAAGCUUGGUCCAGGUGGAUAAUUAUUUGUCUGAGAUUAUUACGACACGUAAGCAAGAUUUGAUGAGUCAGCACAGCGAUGGGAAACAACACGACGACCUCUUGUCACGGUUCAUCAAGAAGAAGGAAACUUACUCCGACGAGAUCCUCCAGCGCGUGGCGCUCAACUUCAUCUUAGCUGGACGUGACACGUCAUCAGUCGCGCUGAGCUGGUUUUUCUGGUUGAUUACGCAGCACCCGACCAUUGAGUAUAAAAUCCUCCGCGAGAUCUGCACCGUUCUGAUCGAGACACGUGGAGAUGAUGUGGUAUCAUGGACGGACGAGCCGCUGUCGUGUGAGGAGCUUGAUCGUUUGGUUUAUCUCAAAGCGGCGUUAUCGGAGACACUGAGGCUUUAUCCUUCGGUGCCGGAGGAUUCAAAACGCGCCGUGAAGGACGAUGUGUUGCCGGACGGGACGUUUGUUCCGGCGGGAUCUUCGGUUACGUAUUCGAUUUACUCGGCGGGGAGGAUGAAAUCGACUUGGGGAGAAGAUUGUUUGGAAUUCAAACCGGAGAGAUGGAUCUCACAAUCGGACGGUGGGAGAUUUAUCAAUCAUGAUCCGUUUAAAUUCGUGGCGUUCAAUGCUGGCCCUAGGAUCUGUCUGGGUAAGGAUCUGGCUUAUCUGCAAAUGAAAUCAAUUGCGGCGGCGGUUUUGCUCCGCCACCGUUUGACGGUGGUAGCGGGUCAUAAGGUGGAACAGAAGAUGUCGUUAACUCUUUUCAUGAAGUACGGUCUUUUGGUUAACGUCCACGAACGGGAUUUAACGGGGAUCGCGGCGGAGCUACGAGAGAAGACGGCAGCUAACGACGGGGUUGGUAACGGCGAUUCAAGGUAGGUAGAGUAGGUGAACCAAUCGCAUCUAUCAUUUACUGUAUGAACAGAGAGAAAGUGGCACUCGCUUUAUGGCGCGUGUUAGAUACGCGGUUAUUUGGCCAACACACCCCGCCCCGCCAAAUGUCGUUGAUUGAUUGGCAAAGUGCAUUGUUCAAUAGAGGUAAUUUUGCAAAGUGCGUUUGUUCUGUUUGUUUAUUUACUCCCUUUUUUUAUUAUUUUUUUUCCCGUCUGCCUUCGUAAUUCAGACAGUAACAUUUGAUUUCAUUAUUUUGUAAGCAACUCUCAAUCUGAUUUAAUAAGAUCUUAUUUUAAUA